AUGUCUCAAUCUUCUCCAAGCAGUGACAACGGAUCAACUCAUUUAAGAAAGGACAAUUCAACUCAUUCAAGUGAGGACAGUUCAACUCACUCAAGUGAAGCUCAUCUAAGCCAAGAAGAUUAUGAAAGGCCUGAAAAAAAUAUUUUAAUCAAGUUGUCUUCAUUUUCCAAAGGAGCCAAUAAAUGA